GUUGAACACAUACACCUACUCUCCUCAACCGACCGUCAACCACAAACCAUACCACGCGUAAACACAACCGCCCAAAAUGACAGACCUCCACAAAAUUCCCCACACCACCCUCUCCGCCUGCGUGCACCGCAUCCUCACAGCCAACGGCGUCUCCGCCGCCGACGCCACCACCAUCGCCGACUGCCUGAUCGCCGCCGAUCUGCGCGGGGUCGACACGCACGGCAGCAAUCGGAUCCCCAGCUACAUGGCGCGGAUCCGCCAGGGGGUGCUCGACCCUCGCGCCGUGCCCACCCUGACGCAGACUACGCCCGUCGCGGCGCAGGUCGACGGCCACAACGCCUUCGGGUUCGUGGCCGCCCACCUGGCCAUGACGCGGGCCAUCGCCAUGGCCCAGGAGUUCGGGAUCGGCCUCGUCUCCGUGAAACACAGCAACCACUUCGGCAUGUCCGCGUGGCUGGUGCAGCAGGCCGUCGACGCCGGCCUCAUGAGUCUGGUCUUCACCAACUCCUCGCCCGCCCUACCCGCCUGGGGCAGUCGCGAGAAGCUCCUCGGCGUGUCCCCGAUCGCGUGCGGCGCGCCGGCCGGCACCGCUCCGCCCUUCAUCCUCGAUAUGGCCCCCAGCGUGGCGGCGCGCGGCAAGAUCUACAAGGCGCUCCGCCGCGGGGAGUCGAUCCCCGAGGACUGGGCGCUGGAUGCCGAGGGGAACCGCACGACGGAUCCGGCCAAGGCGUUGGAGGGGGUGAUGCUGCCCAUGGGCGGGCCCAAGGGGUCCGCGCUCGCCAUCAUGAUGGAUGUCUUCUCCGGGGUGUUCUCGGGGAGUGCGUUCGCCGGGGAUGUGACGGGCCCGUAUGAUCCCUCCCGUGAAGCGGACGUGGGGCAUUUCAUCGUGGCCGUCAAGCCGGAUUUGUUUAUGGGGUUGGAGGAGUUUAAGGCGCGCAUGGAUUAUCUGUAUCAGCGGGUCGUGGGGGGGCAGAAGAUGCAGGGCGUGGACAGGAUCUAUUAUCCCGGUGAGAUUGAGUUGGAGAUGCGCGAGAGGAGGCUGCAGGAGGGGAUUCCGUUUGCGAAGGCGGAGAUCGAGGCGUUGAAUCGCGAGGCGGAGUUGGUGGGGGUGGAGGGGUUGACGGUGGAGUAAGUGGUAGUGGGGAUGGUUUGGGUUGGGUUGGUUGUACAGAUGAAUGCGAGAAAGCAAUGUAUUCUUGGCUGUGAU